GCAGUGACUUCUGCUUAAGAAUACCGUAAGUAUAUCAAGGGAUACCCCUAUAGAGGGGAGUCCAGCUAUUCCCGACGUUAUGUGGGGUACCCCGCGGGCUGUCCGCGGAAGCUACGUCAAUCGGACCCACAUCGGCCAGCCAGCGACUCACCUAACCUAGAACAAAAAAAUAAAAAGGUCACGACCCGAUCCGGUAAAAACGGCGGAACUCGCACACCCUCCCUCUUCCACGAUGAGCAGCAGCACGAACGGCGCCACCUCCGGCACGGCAGCACGAAGAAACGACUCGCCCCCGCUGACGGAGCUCGAAACGGCCGAGAUCCUGCAGAGCAUUCGCAACUCCACCACCGCACCCGCGACCUCGCUGCCCGCCGACCUCGCCCUCUCGCUCGACUUGCAACGACAACACCGCCCGGCCGAAGAACCCCGCGAUCGAGCUUCGUAUUAUUGGGAUGCGUCGACCAUGGCCCCGCUCAACGCAGUCUCGGCGGCCGCCCUCGCGCGACUACGCGCCUACAAGCCCCCGCCGUUCCCUACCUGGGACCGCUUGCCGGUGAGCCGGCGCGCCGCCGUGCUGAUCCUGCUGUUCGCGGACCGGAAGGGUGACUUAAGAGUCGUGAUCACGAUGCGGGCCGCGAGUUUGCGGAACUUCUCCGGUCACGCAGCCUUUCCCGGCGGAAAGGCAGAUUCGUUGGCGGAGUCCCCGUACCAAAUAGCCCGCCGCGAAGCAUGGGAGGAAAUCGGCCUUCCGAUGGACGAUGCCAAAAUCCCGAAGCCCUUUCGAAUAGAGCCGCUCUGCUGCCUACCGUGCAGCCUCGCGAAGACCGAAAUGGCCGUGCGGCCUUGCGUAGCAUUCUUACAUGCCGAUGACGAGCCGGGAAAGCCGAAAGCGAUGGUGGACGAGAGUAUGAUACCCCGAUUAGACGCGAAGGAGGUUGCGGCGGUCUUCAGCGGUCCGUUCCACAACUUUUUAAAGGCGAAGGACGAACCGCGUGAGGGGGAGACAAUACCGCCCGGAGAUUGGUACGACGGGUACUGGCAUGCUUGGCAGAACGAACCUUGGCGGGUCCAUAACUUCCACGUGCCGGUAAACAACCAGAAGGUAACUAAACCCAAGGUCCGAGAGGGUGGACAAGGCGCCUUGGCCGAUGAGCUAGAAGAUGAAGAAGAUGAGGUUCAACGCUUCCUUGUCUGGGGCAUGACGGGACGUAUGUUAGUCGACGCCGCCCGAAUUGCUUAUGACGAAGAGCCCGAGUUCGAGCAUAAUGCCCAUUACGGUGACGAACACCUUUUAGAGAGAUUAGAAAACGCAGGCCGACUUCCCGAUAAGAAAAGAAAGGAAGUAGGGCAGGAGGCCAUUAAAGAAGAGGUCAAAGAUGCGAAGAUGUAGAUGGACCAAUCCAACUUCCAAAAGAGGUCUUCCUUGUAUUGUAGAUUCAUAGUAGGCUCAAGCCCGUUGUAUCUUUAACUCCGCUGCUACCGAGCGUGUAGUUGCGCUUUUAACAAACUGAUCAGCGUCUCCGUCCCACACCAUUGCAGACCGCCAAAUUCGACCCCAUAUUUGCCUUCUUUAAUAUGCCUUGGCCAACUCGUACAUUUA